AUGUUUUUUUUUCUUUUUCCACUAUGUUUCUUAAUUUAAAUCAUUUUUUAAUUUCAACAAUAUUUAUUUUUAGUUAUUAAUUUCUUAUUAUUUCUUCAUUUUCCUUCUAAAUAGCUAAUUAAUAAUAUAUUUUUUCUUGAUUAUUUCAAAAGUAAAAAUAAAAUUGGUGAUUAAGGUUUAAUAGGCCUAGGUUCUGGUUUAGCAAAUUGCACUAAUCUCUCAAAUUUGACAAUUUAUCUUGGUGAAAAUUAAAUAGGUGAUUAAGGAUUAUUAGGCCUAGGUUCUGGUUUAGCAAAUUGCACUAAUAUCUCUUAAUUAGAACUUUACCUACGUUAUAAUAAAUUUGGUGAUUAAGGUAUAUUAGACCUUAGUUCUGCUUUAGUAAAUUGCACUAAUCUCUCAUAUUUUAAACUUGAUAUUGGAUAGAAUCAAUUUAGAGCAAUCUGUACAUCAGAGUUAGGUUCUGCUUUAGCUAAUUGCACUAAUCUCACAAAAUUGAUACUUGCUUUUGGUUAUGACUAAAUCAGUAAAUCAUAAGCGUAGAAAGUAAAAAGCAAGUGUAAUAAAUCAAAAAAAUUAGUUGCCCUUACAAUAAAUUACUCAUGGUGA